AUGACUGCCUUUUUGAUGCAGAUUUCGACCUUGAUCAUCGCCCCAACCUUCUUCACCGCAGGGAUCUACAUCCUUCUCGGCCGCUUUAUCCAGAUGCUAGGCCGCGAAUCCUCCAUCCUCAGCCCGAACCUUUACCUCUGGAUCUUCUGCACGUGCGACGUCGUCUCUCUGGUCGUCCAGGCCAUCGGCGGUGGAAUGGCCUCCUCCGAAUCGGACAAGGUAGGCGGCAACACCGCCCCCGGCACCCACAUUAUGGUUGCCGGGAUCGUUUUCCAGAUGUUCUCCAUCACCGUCUUUGUUGCCUGUGCCGCGGACUUUGUACGUCGCGUGAUCCGGUAUCGACUCCUAGAGUCCACCAGCGGAUCCAUCUACCCCCUGCUGGGGGCCAUGGUGUUCUCCGUGCUCUGCAUCUACGUCCGUAGCAUCUACCGAACCAUCGAGCUGUCCGAGGGAUGGACGGGAUAUCUGAUCACCACGGAACGGUAUUUCAUUGCCCUUGACGGGGCAAUGAUGGCUCUGUCCGUUAUUAUCUUCAAUAUUUUCCAUCCGGGCUGGUUAAUGCCUCGUUCCAAGUCGAUGGAAUUCCAACGUGAGCUUACAUCUUCUGAUGUGGAGCUUCGGUAA